AUGUCAGACCAAAACAAAACAAAGAGAAUGGCCACUAAAGGUGCUCUUACACGUUUAACAACAUAUUUUCGAAGUAUAGAAAAUAAUGAAAUUAUCGACCUCGUAGAUUUAGAAAUGCGAUUAUUCAAAGCCGAAGGGCUUUUAGAUGUUUUUAAUGAGGUUCAGAUGCAUAUUGAAACUGAUGAUCCUGACUGCGAGGAAAAUUAUGACACAUUACAUGCCAUUGAAAGGCAGACUUUUGAGGACAGAUAUUUUAAAAUAAUAUCUGACAUCAAAAAACUUAUUUUAUCUAGACGACCUACUGAAACGUCUGAUUCACGUAGUGUCAAUGGUUCAAUAGCAGCUAGGCCUACAAAUACAAGCAACAUUAAGUUACCUCCAUUGAAUCUAGCUACAUUUGAUGGAUCGUUUGAUCAAUUCCUCUUCUUUCGCGACAGUUUUAAUUCUAUUAUUAAUGAUGAUACUUCACUUUCCAAUGUACAAAAGUUUCAUUACUUACGUCUGUCAUUACGUGGCAUAGCUGCCGACACUAUUAAAUCUUUGCAAGUCUGCGAUGCAAACUACGACAUUGCUUGGAGUUUAUUGAUCGAAAGAUUUGAAAAUAAACAGUUACUUGUAAACAAUCACAUUAAAGCUCUCUUUAACCUACCACUAGUCACAAAAGAAUCAAAUCAAGGUCUCAGACAACUUCUAGACAAUACACAAAAACAUUUACGUGCUUUAGAAGUUUUAAAACGCCCCACUAAACACUGGGAUGAUUUGAUUAUUUAUUUGUUAACAACAAAAUUUGAUAACUCAACAAGACGCUCUUGGGAGUCACAAAAUUGUAAAGACAACCUACCAGUUUUAGAUGAUUUACUGAAAUUUUUAAAAGAACGAUGUCGUAUCUUAGAGUCAUUAGAUAACUACAAUGAUAAUAAACAGGAUCAAAAUUCACCACGAUACAAAGGUAAUAAGUCUGAAACAAGAGCCUUUGUUUCUAACACAGAGAAUAGGUUUAAAUGCAACUUUUGUACCAAGGAACAUAAAAUAUAUUAUUGUCCUGACUUCUUAAAACUAAAUCCUACUAAUAGGUUAAACAAUGCAAAACGUCUACGUUUAUGCCUUAAUUGUCUUGGCACAUGCCAUCGUACUAAGGAUUGUCGUUCUACUGGUUGUAGAAAAUGUGGAAAGAUCCAUCACACUCUGUUACACUUCGAGAAUUCACAAUCCUCAAAUUCAGUUUCCACAGAAAACAAUUCUUCUCAAUCUUCAUUACCUUCCAAUGUUCCAAACACUGGGCUGCAGUCAAAUGAAUCUACUUCUACCUCUAACUUCUCUUCAACACAUCAUAUAAGCUCAAGUGUUCACACUGCUAUUAAACCGUAUAUUCUACUCUCAACUGCUGUUGUUAACGUUUUUGACAAGUUCGGCAACUCACAUAAAUGCAGAGUACUCUUGGACAACGGAAGUCAAUCCAACUUUAUAUCUGAGAAAUUUUGUGAUAUUUUACAACUUUCAAAGGAAAAAAUCAACACUUCGAUCUCGGGAAUUAAUCAAUUAACUCACAAUAUUAACUUCCGGACAUCACUAACAUUUAAAUCAGAUAUUAACAAUUUCUCGAAAAAAAUAUCUUGUCUAAUUUUGCCCAACAUAACAAGUAAUUUACCUUACAUACACAUCAAUCGUUCCCAGCUCAAUGUUCCAACAAAAUUACUUCUAGCUGACCAGAAUUUUGAAAAACCUGGUCCAGUAGACCUUCUUAUUGGAGCUGACACUUUCUGGGAUAUUUUAAGCGUUGGACAAAUCAAACUUGGUCCUGGGUUACCGAUCAUUCAAAAAACCACUCUUGCCUAUGCCCUGCUAGAAGCAAAGUUUUGCAAGAAGUGCUCGAAAGUUGGACAUUUUUCUAAGGUAUGUAGGCUUCAGAAGUCCAAUUCAGCAUCAGCUGCCGUUUUAGCUACUACUACAUCUAGUUCGAAUGUUAGAAAUCUUGCUGCUGCCCCUCAAUGCUUAUCUAAAAGUGUUACUAAAAUAAAGGUAAAUGGAAAUACAGCUAAAAGUUUAAUAGACACAGCGCAAUGCACAUCUAACCACCGACUCUGGCCACCCACAGCUGACCCGAUAAGGGAUGAAGAUCAUGAAAAUCCCGGUGCCGAAAGUCAUAGUGGCUCGCCAGAAAAGUGA